CCAUUACCCAUUACCCAAGUAGCUCAACUUCGCUUUUAGAAAGAUCGCAGAGCGCACUAGAUACAGUCUUCCACCAUUCCGUCCAAAUAGCACACAUACGCACGCGAUUAUCUACAUCGUCACUAGCUGAGAUGUCUGCUCCCGGGGCUGGUCAUGAGUUUGCUCCCCAGGAAGUCUCCUGGCAGAAGCGCGAUAUUCUCCUGUUUGCUAACAGCAUUGGCUGCAAAGCUGAUGAGCUUCACUUUCUUUACGAACUACACCCCAGAUUCGCGGUCUUUCCAACCUACCCGGUUAUCCUUCCAUUUAAGCUCACCGAUCAGGAAGUGGUUGACUUCUAUGCUCGGGCAGGCGGUGCCCCUAUCCCCGGAGCCCCCAAGCUCGACUACCGCCGUGUCGUGGAUGGUCAGCGGCGAAUCAUCGCCCUGAAGCCUCUUCCAACAUCCAGCGCAGGUCGAAAAUUCGAGUUGCGCAACAAAGUCAUUGGACUUUAUGACAAGGGCAAGGCCGGGACUGUGCUGGAGACAGAACAGUCGAUUGUCGACCAGGCCACUGGAGACAUCUUCACGAAGAUCCUGAGCAGCAGCUUCUUUGUCGGACAGGGCGGCUGGGGAGGUCCAAAGGGCCCAAGCACGGUGAAUUACCCUCCUCCGGAGGGUAAAAGUCCCGACGCCACCCAUGUAAUCCAGACGACGCCCGAAACGGCUCUCUUAUAUCGUCUCAAUGGUGAUUAUAAUCCUCUCCAUGCAACUCCCGAGCCGGGUGCGAAGAUGGGUUUCGGUGGUACCAUCAUCCAUGGACUCUUCAGCUGGAACGCCGCAGCCCAUGGUGUAUUGAGAGAAAUUGGACAGAGCGACCCAAAAAACCUGAAAGAGUUCCAAGCGCGCUUUGCCUCUCCGGUAAAACCAGGCGACAAACUUACUACUGAGAUAUGGCGGAUGGGCAGGUUGGAAGGCGGCGAUGAAGAGAUUCGUUUUAUUGUGAGAAACGACCAGGCCCGGACAAAGAACAAGACAACCAAACACGACCCCGAAUCAGCUCAGCGGUUCUCAAAAAAUGUCUUCAAGAAAUUAGGACCAUUCUGGCUACGAGACAAUUGUCAGUGUGAAAGAUGCCAUCAUCCUCAAACCCGACAGCGGGAGGUAGACACUUUUGCGAUUCCUCCAGAUAUAAGAAUCAAGAAAGUCGUCUAUGCAGGGGAAUGCCUUAAACUGAAAUUUUCGGAUGGACAUACGGGGUUCUACACAUAUCCAUGGCUCAAAGCCAAUGGUACUAAAGUACCGAGCAGUGUGCUUCGAGCCGAUCAUUCAGCCAAACCCAGGCCUUAUCAUCCAUUCACGGGAACGGGGCCAUAUCCCACGGUGGUAUAUGACGAUGUUAUGCAGGAUGACAAGGGCUUGUUGCAGUGGCUUGAUAAGAUUUAUAUCUACGGGUUCUGUUUCGUCAUAGGUGUUCCUGUGACAACUCGGGACACUGAGAAGCUUCUCGAGAGAAUCGCUUUCAUCAGGCCUACACAUUAUGGGGGUUUCUGGGAUUUCACAUCUGAUAUGAGUUUCGGGGACUCUGCGUAUACAAGCCAAGGUCUCGGCGCACACACUGAUACCACAUACUUUACGGAUCCUGCGAGACUCCAAUUAUUCCACCUUUUGUCUCAUACCGACGGCACAGGGGGAGCUAGCCUGCUCGUUGAUGGGUUUCGAGCAGCCGAGACGCUGCAGAGGGAGACAAAGGGGCACUACGCCGCUUUGAUGCGCCAUAGCCAGCCUGCUCAUGCCAGUGGCAACGAGAAUGUCUGCAUACAGCCUAUACACGAAUUUCCGGUGCUCGAAGUCCACCCGCAGUUAGACCAGCUGUACCGGAUCCGUUGGAACAAUUACGACAGAGCACCGAAGACGAAUUGGGGGAUCAAAGACGUGAAGCAGUGGUACACUGCGGCGCGACACUGGAACGAGAUUAUCAGCCGCGAGAAAUUCCAGAUCUGGACACAACUCGAACCGGGAACCGCUCUAAUCUUCGAUAAUUGGAGAAUGCUCCACGGGCGUUCAGAAUUUACCGGAAAGCGGAGAAUGUGUGGUGGUUAUAUCAAUAAUGACGAUUUUCUCUCUCAAUAUCGUCUUCUCAAGUUCGGCCGAGAACACGUCCUCAACAGUCUUGGUAAUUGGCAUGGUCAACGCCUCAAAGAAGCCAACCCGAAUUUCCUGAUAUAACAGGCCUGCGAAUUCUGGUCAUGCUCAGAUACUGUACCUAGACCAUGCGUGGAUGAUGUGUUCAUAGCAAGCGAUAGUGGAUGAGCGAGGGAAAGCAUGCUCCGUUGCGGUGGCGAGUGAGAGUGCAAAGCAGUAGACGCAAUGCUUUAAGUGUGGUCAGGAGUCUCCUCUACCCACUGUGGGUGAAGCUGGCAUGUAGGGUGUGAAUCGAAAGAUAAUCGCCAUUGUAUACCACAAGUGAAGGACCAGAUACUCUACAUCAAUAGC